AUGCUCAGGACCCUUGGGCUGGCCCUGCUGGCCCUGCUGGCCCUGGUCAUCAUUGUGAACCCAAGCCAGGCCAGCGGCUUCACAGAAAAAGGCCUCUCUCUGCUGGGCUUCCGGCUGUGCAACUACAGUGUGAUCCGGAGCGUGCAGAGCGUGGAGGCUGUGCAGAUGUCCCGCCUGACCCGCGUUCCCUGCGGCGGCUGGAUCCCCUGGCGGCGCUGCCCCAAGACCAUCUACCAGACCCGGUACCUGGCGGUGGAGGUUCCGGAGCCCAGGAAUGUGACCGACUGCUGCGAGGGCUAUGAGCAGCUGGGCCUCUACUGUGUUCUGCCCCUGAACCAGUCUCAGGAGUUUGCCUCCAGACCUGGGAGCUGCCCGGUGAUGGGGCUGGAAGCGUCCGCCUUGCUGUGCACCCUGGAUGCUGACUGUCCUGGUCUUCAGAAGUGCUGCCCCUCAUCAGGGGGCCACCGCUGCUCAGCCCCUGCAGCCCCAGCUCCAGAGAGCAAGCCGGAGGGCUGCUGGUACAAUGUGACAGUUGUGGUGAAGAUGGACUUCAAGGAGCUCCGGCAGGUGGACCCGAGACUUCUGGAUCACAUGAGGCUCCUGCACUCCAUGGUCACCAGUGCUCUACAGCCUCUGGACACCACUGUCCACCACCUGCACUCAGCCGGGAGGGACACCUCGACCACAGUGUCCUGGCUGCUGCUGGGCCUGCCAAGGCCGGUGCCCAUGGCCCAUGUCUCCGCAGUGCUGGACGGCGUGGUGAAGCGCAUCUAUGAAGUGAUUGAUGUCCAAGUGCAAGAUGUGAACGAGUGUUCCUAUGGUGAACUCAACACCUGCUCGGGGAGGGAACUGUGUCUGAACGUGGAGGGCUCGCACCAGUGUGUGGGUUACCUGAAGUCACCUGGCUCGUCUUCCCCGGAGCUGGACGGCACGUGUGCAGAUUACCCUCCCAUCAGAGACCUCAUGAUCCUCAAUGUGACCAGCAGCAGCUUUCAAGUGUCCUGGAGCUUAAACUCCACCCAGAACCACACUUUCUGGGUGCAGGUUUACCGGGGUGAAGAGCUGUUCAGGAGCGCCAGCACCCCCGGGACGAGUCUGGAGGUGGCCGGGCUGGAGGCUGGAGUGAGGUAUGGGGUGAAGACCAGCUACCAGGCGUGCGGGGCCAACAUCACUGCCAUGGUCACUGUCAGGACUGAUGCCCUAGUGUUUGAAGUCAUGGUCAGGAUCCUAAACCGCAGCGUGACGGAGGGGCUGCUGGACCGCGGGAGCCCUGAGUUCCAGGACUUCUCCCAGCAACUGAUGCAUGAGGUCGCCGCCUCCUUGCCGCCGGCCAUUUCCGACUUGUACCGAAGAGGGAAGCUGAGGCUGCAGGUCGUGUCUCUCCGGACCGGAAGCGUGGUGGUGAGGCUCAGGCUGACCAUGUGGGACCCUGAGUUCCCAGUGGGCGUGUCCACGCUGGCCCCUCUGCUCCCGGCUCUGUGGGCGAGCACCGUGUUCCAGGUUGACCAGCGGGGGACACGUGUGCAAGACUGGGACGAGUGUGCAGACAGCCUGGAGCACGACUGCUCGCCGGAGGCUGAGUGCAUCAACCUCGAGGGCUCAUACACCUGUCGGUGCCGGACAGCCAGGGAUGCCCACCCCUCCAGACCGGGCCGGGUCUGCGACGGUGUGCGCCUUCCCCACCCCCAGCUCUGGGCUGAGCCCCCUCCCCUAGGGCCUGGGCUGGAGCAGGGACGACCUCCGUCCAGCAGGGUGGGAACAGUGCCUGGGGCCCACCAUAUUGUCCCCUGGGGGGUGGGAGCACUUGGUCAGGGUAGACCAGAUGCCCCAUCUGAGCCUGGCUGUGUCUUGGCAGGUGACAUGCAGAGUCCUGUGGACAUGCCGUCUCCAGUGUCAGAGGUCACAGCCUCGGUUCCCAGCACAGAAGCAACAUCCUUCAGUCUGGAGACCCCUGCCUUGUCCCCCGGCCCUGGACACCUAUGGAGCACCCCUGCAGCAGGCCAGGCCUGGACCCUAGGGCUCCCACCCAGGAGAGGAGUCAGCGGCUUGGGCAGCCACGGUGGUAACAGCACCGGGCAUGGCAUGAAGGCCAGCGUGGCCCCAGGCCUGGGGACCGGCCAGUGGACAGCCAGCAGGGUGGCCUUUUCCCCCAGGGUUCCUGGACCAACCCAUAGCUCCUCUCCUGGGGCCACAAACAACCUGCCAGACACCCCUGGACAGUCUCCCCCUAACUCUACCACAGAGCUGCCCUUCUGGCCCACUCCUGCCCCGGAUCCCACGGGCCAUGUCGAGUGGCACUCCAGCCUCCCCAUGAGGGACACACCCCCAGCACCUCUGGACCCCAUGUGGGUGCAGAACUUGGACCCUGGGCCCUUCAGCUCUCCAGACCAGCCCUUGGCCCCCACGCCUGCAUCUCUGAAGACCCCGGCCUGCGCUCCCGUCCCCAUCGGAAGGGUCACUGUCUCCAAUGUGACCAGCACGGGCUUUCACGUGGCCUGGGCGGCGGAUCCCACCCUGCGCUCCACUUUCCAGCUCAGCCUGGUUUCUGCUCGGAGCCCCACCGUGCACCUGCAGACAUGGAAAGCAAGCCUCACGCUGUCAGGCCUGGAGCCCGGUGUCCUGUACCUGGUGGAGAUCGUGGCCAGAGUGUGUGGGCAAGAAAGUGCCAGAGCCCAGCUGAAAGUGAGGACAGCGGCUCAGAAGCUCAUUGGGAAAGUCAGAAUAGUGAACGUCAGGUAUCUAGAAUCCUUCAGCAACACCAGCAGCGAGCAGUCCCAGGCCUUCCUGGAGCUCUUCCUGAGGACGGUGCGGAAUUCCUUGCCAGCCUUCAUGCUUCAGCACCUGGACACAGGCGGGGUGCGCAUAGAAGUGACCCGCAUCUCCAACGGGAGCAUCGUGGUGGAGUUCACCUUGCUGGUCCUCGCAGACGUGGAUGUUCGGGAGGUGUCUGCUGCGUUCCUGGCUGCCUUUUGGAACACCUCUCUGCUGGAGGUGGUCGGAGGCGACACCUUCAUAGCGGAUUACGAUGAGUGUGCAAGCCAGGAGGAUGACUGUGCCCCAGGCUCUGCCUGCCGCAACACGCUGGGCUCCUUCAUCUGCAGCUGCGAGGGAGAUGCCCCUGACCUCCUGGUGGAAUUUUCUGGAAGACCCUGCGAAGGUGACUCUCCUGGCAACACAAGCCAGGGCCCUGGCCCACAACAGCCCCCGACCCCAACAGGAGCUGGAGCCACCUCUGGGCAAGGUGCCCUCCCUGCCUCCCAGGGCGUGUCCCCACGGCUGAACCUGACUGGGGCAGUCAGGGUGCUCUGCGAGAUCGAGAAGGUGGCCCUUGUCAUCCAGAGGCGCUUCCUGCAGCAGGAGGGCAUCCCCGAGUCCUCGCUCUACCUGGGGCAGCCGUCCUGCAACAUCAGUGACCGAAACAGCACACACGUGACCCUGGCAGCCGCGUGGAAUGAGUGCGGGACCGCCCUGCAGAGCAACAUGACCACUACGGUGGUGAGGACCACGCUGAGGAACGACGUGUCCCCAGAGGGCAUCAUCCACCACAUGAAGAUCGAGAGCCCCAUCCACUGUGCCUUCCAGAACGACCUCCUGACCUCAUCCGGCUACACGCCCGAGUGGGGGGUCUACACCAUCAUUGAGGACCUCCACGGCGCUGGAAGUUUUGUCACUGAAAUGCAGUUAUUUAUUGGAGACUCUCCGAUUCCUCAAAAUUACAGCGUGUCUGCCAGCGAUGACGUUAAGAUCGAAGUAGGGCUCUAUAAACAGAAAAGCAACCUGAAGGUGGUCCUGACCGAGUGCUGGGCCACGCCAUCCAGCAAUGCCAGGGACCCAGUCAUGUUUGGCUUCAUUAACAACAGCUGCCCCAUCCCCAAUACACACACGAACGUGAUCGAGAACGGCAAUUCCAACAAGGCCCGGUUUAAGCUGAAAAUCUUUUCCUUCAUCAACAACUCCAUAGUCUAUUUGCACUGCAAACUCCGCGUCUGCAUGGAAUCCCCUGGAGCCACGUGCAAAAUAAACUGUGAUGACUUUCGGUCACUGAGAAGCAGCGAGCCAUCCGUGAUGCACCAGAUGUCCUGGGGACCCCUGAUUCGGUCUGAAGGGUCACCUCCAGCGGCAGGGCCGGGCCUGGGAGCCGGCUACCUGGUCCUCAUUUUGGGGGCUGCCUGCGCCUUGGUGGCUGGGGCAAUUGCCCUCCUCGUCCAGCAUUACCAGAGAAUGACUGGAAAAUACGACUUCAAAGCCGGGUCCGACAACUUUAGCUACCAGGCGUUCCACGAGUAAGGAGCCCGGCUGCCCCGCAGGUGGGUGACAAGUGAGACCCUCUGACAUGCGAGCCCUGCCUUCGCCACUGAUGGUGACCACACAGUGUGUCCGGGGGUUUU